UAUGUUGGCCACGGUCAGCAUCAGUGUCGUAUCGAUGUUCAGUGUGUGAACUACUCGGAACAAGGAUUACCUACCACCUCUAGAGGGAGACAACAAUGGCUCGUACCAAGCAGACCGCCCGUAAAUCCACCGGAGGAAAGGCCCCUCGGAAGCAGUUGGCCACCAAGGCUGCUCGUAAGAGUGCCCCCUCAACCGGUGGCGUCAAGAAGCCGCAUCGUUAUCGUCCCGGAACGGUCGCCCUGCGUGAAAUCCGUCGCUACCAGAAGUCCACCGAGUUGCUGAUCCGCAAGUUGCCCUUCCAGCGGCUGGUGCGUGAAAUCGCCCAGGACUUCAAGACGGAUCUGCGCUUCCAGAGUGCCGCCGUUGCUGCCCUGCAGGAAGCUAGCGAGGCGUACCUGGUCGGACUGUUUGAAGACACGAAUCUGUGCGCUAUUCACGCCAAGCGCGUCACCAUUAUGCCCAAGGACAUCCAGCUGGCUCGACGCAUCCGUGGAGAGCGUGCCUAAAGUGGAGCUUUCUUUUGUUAUACCGGAUCAACCCUUCCCAAACAACACAAAAGGUCCUUUUCAGGACCAGCCAAAAGAGUUCAAAAGAGUAUGUUGCAGAAAAAUAAAUUCUACGAUUUCACAACUCCGAAAAAAAAUCCUUUGAAUUAGUCAUCGCAAACCGUUACACUUUUUCCCCCAAUCAGACGAAGGAUAUUCCGAGACGCAAUUAAAUGCUAUCCGACGCGCAAGCAAGGGUACAGUUGCGCCAAAACUUGCCCUAUGCGCUUCAUAUCGGGAGUUAGGGGAGGCGUCCUGUUUGUCCGUUAACAUUUAUCCUGCAGGCCAGGCGGACGCAGCAUAAAUGUUUUGGUUUGUGUGAAAUACUCGCUCUUGAGUCCUCCAUGUGUUUGAGGAACGAUAAUGAGUAAUUUUCUGAGUGUUUAUAAGUAAUUUUAUUGUGAUUUGUUUUAUUGCAACAUUGUCUUUGCUGUACUCAUGAAUGCAUUUUGAAA